AUGGGCAGUUACUGCACCCUACUUCCCCCCUCACUUGCAGCGUUGCCACAUUGUUGCAACGCCGGCGCCCGUAUACACGACAUUAUGAACCCCGGAUCUACACCACCUGAGUCUGACAGGAGCAGCGAGGUGUUGAUCGCCGGCAUCAAACGAUCUGGCAUUCGGCAACAGCAAAAGGUAUUUCACGAGACACGGCCAACACCUCUAUACGAGGGAGAAGCGACUGCUGGCAGGGAUGAUUGUAGAGUGCCUCGUCUCCUCACGAACUUCCUCUCCAAGACCCCCGAGCCCCACGCAGCCGUCGUGCCUGCACCUGUUGCUGCCCUGGGGGAGUCGGCUGCCAGACAACAACAUAUCACUUACGCGGAGGCUAAGCUUUGGGAUAACGUUAGGGAGGACACUAUAAGAAGGUCAUGGCGCAAACUUUUCGGAAUUGAAAAGGCAAGCCGCCAAGAGACAGCUGCUCCUGAAAACCAGCCAAGAGCAUGUCCUCCUGAAAAUGAAGAGCUUGUGAAUCUUUGUAACCACCUUCCAGUGGCUGAGCCCAUCAGUGCAGAGGACAUCAGUGAAUGGAUCAAUGGAGAUGAGGAUCAGGCCCUAACUGAUGACGUGAUUAUCCAGAUGCUCAACCAACCAGAAGAUGAUGACAACGAUGAACCUGAUGGGGCGACUGAGAAAAUAUCACAUACAGAAGGUCUAAGAACGAUCGAGGGAGCACUGGCAUACAUUGAACAACAAGAAACCGCAACAACAAACGAUUUAGUUUGGCUGCGACGCUGGCGCAACAGGGCGGCUAGCCUAAGAUCCUCUAAUCUAAGUCAAAAAACAAUAACUGAUUUCUUUGGGAAAAAAGAUUAGCUUACUUUGUUUAUUUUUGUACAAUGUACAGUAAAUUAAUUUUCAUUUCUUUGAUUUAAUUU